CUCCAGAUUCCCUCCCCAGCCUUCAACAUCCACCAACCAUCUUUCGACCAUUCAACCAUGGCUUCUAAGAACACCAGCGCACAAUCUGGAGGGGGCCCUGCCCCACUAUCCGACGCCAAAUCCCAGCACAUGUUCCAAGCAGCGCGUGAAUUUAUCCGCACGUGUGGCGAUGACCCCCUGUCGUCGGCGGUCUUUUUACUGGCUGACUGGGGUGAGAAGAGCUUCCCGCAGGGGGAGGAGAUUAUUCUCAGUCUUUUGCACCACGACCAUGAAGAAAUCGCUCGACCUUUCGGGGAGGAGCGCAGCAGGCUGGUGGACGCUACCAUCCGUGCACAGAAUUAUGAGUUGACUCGCUUGCUUCUGGAAGCCGGUGUACCUCUCCAAGGGUCCACGUAUGAUGAUCCACUGGGUGCGCUUUUUGAACCUAGUCCCCUCAGUCUCAAUACGAAAUUACUGGAGCUGCUGCUCUCUCACGGAGCGAAGUGCAAGCAUCUGGACAUUUUCUCCUUCCGACCCUUGUGUCUCUUGGGCAACGAACAAUGGGUUCGACAAGCCUUGACGGACAAUGAGGACUUCCUGUUGCGCCCGUGCAUGUUCGAUGAAACGGGGUUAUCUUUGUCUCUGUGGCCGGAACAUGGGUUUCGGUAUUCGUCCAAGUAUGGGAAUGGGUUAGAUCCGGCGGCGCUGAACAAUUCCCAGCGCCUGCAUUGGAUCAUGGACUGCGUGCCGGCUCCUCUGGGGAUUAUCGGGGUGUUUCUGGAUUUGAAUCCCCCCUUGGCCUGGCGCCUGUCCUUUGUCACGGCCCUGGCGGCGGGGCAGCCAGAGGUGGCCGUGGCGAUAAUCGCGAGGGAGGAGCAGUUCGCCCAGCCGAGAAGCGCAGACCGCACCCUCUGGAGUGGGAUGGAGGCGGCCGCCAACUUUGGCUAUCCCAGCGCCAUGCAGGCCAUCCUCGAUCGAAAGGACCAGUCACGCUGUGCCGAGAUCAGAAAGAUGUGGCUCGAGAAGGCGCAGCUCGGCGCUUUCCGGCGUGAGCGCCUGGAUCACAAGGCGGGGCUCAUGGUGUCUGGUCUUCUAACGCCGCUCCCGGGUGGCGCUUUUCGCUUGGUUUGCCGGAAUAUUGAUCCUUUUCCCCCCUCGCCCUCUUCUUUUGUUUCCCUUCUGGAUAAGUCUAAGUCGCUUGUCUUUUAUCUGGAUCGCCGCUGUGUCUCCGCAACGCCGAGUGAAGAAGAGGCUCUCUGUGUCGAGGCAAGAAAGAAGUGUGAGCUUUCACCUUAGAGAGACUAUAUAUCCGCUAGCUAUAUUAUAUAGCAUACACAAAU